GACCCUGCAUUCUUCCCGUAGAUUUCGCAAACUUUGUGUUUCUCAUGUACAGUGGGAAGAUUACUGGCGAGACAGUGUAACAUUAUUGACGUCAGUAUGGACACACAUCACCAACACUUGAUCGGCGACUGCCUUAUCCAUAUUUUUACAUUUCUCACCGAGGACGAUCUAAUCACUGCCUCGCGCGUGUGUACGGAUUGGCAUGAAGUGGCAGACACUCCUUGGUUGUGGAGGAGGCUGUGUCUGCAGCGAUGGGCCUUCUGUAACCCCGCCGUGCUGGGCGGGGGACGUGUGACUCACCCGUGGAAGACUUACUUCCUGCGACGAUGUCACUUAGAGAUGAAGAUGACGAAGGGGCGGUCAGGAGGCUACACCUGCAAAAGCCUCAGAGGACACACAGGCAGGGUGGUGGGCUUGGUGUAUCUGCAGGGGAACUCAGCCCAGCAUCCCGACCUCUGGAACAGCGGCGCCACGGUCUGCAGUGCCUCGACCGAUGGUACAGUUCGAGCAUGGAACAUCCAAAAUGGGGAGCUUCUGUGGUGCAGCGCCGUGCAGAGUCCUUUGACAGCGAUCGUAACAGAUGAACAGCGUGACGUUGUGAUCACAGCGGACUCCACGGGCCUCAUUAAGACCUGGCAGGGCCAGGAUGGCCAGGAGGUGGCCUCAUAUUCAACUGCAUCGCCACACUGUACAUUACUCCAGUACAGUAUCAACAACGAUUGGUUUCUCGCUGUCGGAACCAGUCAGGGAUCUGUGUGCACGCUAGCUGAUUCGGCUUUGACUGAAAAGUCCAGCGUGAAGGUGUGUGACACCUUUAAAGUCAACAUACUCCUAGUUUCACCCAACAAGAAAUGGAUCACAGCUGGAACCAAGGACAGCGAUGAUUUGAGUCCCAAGGUGAUCUACACUGAGAGUCUGAUCUCUCCGUCUGAGGACGAAGAUCCUCUGUGCCGGGCUGUGCCAGUCGCUGGGUGCCAGGCUGCUGUCUUCAUACCCACCCAGCCUGCCAGACUGGCUGUCAUCCACCGCACCGUGCGCUCAACCAACAAAGCCCUCACUGUCUUCGAUGUCAGCGUUAAAAAGACAAAGUAUAAGUCAGAUAUCCAGGUCCAGCAGGUGGAGUCCUUCCCCCUGUCGCUGAACACCAGCUCGUCACACAUCCUCCUAGAGGCCAAAGACAGCAACUGCCUGGUGCUGGCGGCUGACCAGGAGCUGUGCGUGUACUCUCUGAAAGGAGCCCUACUCGCUCACUUCAAAGAGCACACCAUGUCCAUCGCUUCUAUAUGUAUGGAUAGCUUUCGCGUGGUGACGGCGUCGCAGGACCUCUCCCUACGAGUACUGACGUGGAAAAACGACAGGGACAACGCGCUGACUCUAGAGAGCAGAUACCACUUAUUGGGAGGCUCUCACACAAUGUCCAGAGGGUUCGCUCAUGUUGCCUGUGACUACACCAGCAUCGUGGCCUCAGUGGAAGGAAGAGAUGGGAAAGACGUGUUGAAAGCUUAUUAUUUCACCUCCUGAGCGUCACACACAAAAAAAGCUCCUGCAUGCCGUUUGCACAACUCACUGGAAGGAGGAACAUAUGCUUUUAUUAUGAAAUGUUCGUCAUAGACUGUGUAGCAAUAUGAUGUUCCCUGGUAGGUUUGUGACAACAACAAAAAAGAGAAUGUUACACCUAAUACAGUUGAGAAACACUAUGUUAUGGGAAAAGCAGUGAUACACUGUGUGGUACAAUUUGCUUAUGAGGAAAAUGUUCUUUAACUUAUGGAGCUGAGGUAUUCACUGCUGAAUGUGACAGAGUUUAAGGCAUGUAGUAUAGCAAGAGAAUAUUCUGGCCACCUCUUCUUUAAUAUGUUGCCUCCACUCACUACCGACGUAAAAUAAUACUGAGGCAAGUAAGUAAUGUCCUGGUGGCUGUAAACUACAUACCAUAUAUGUUUGUAUACAGCCCACAUAAAAAAUAUAUGAGUAAAUAUUCAAUAAUUUUGUCACAAGGCACAAAAUCAUCCGUGUCUCUUUCAUGCAAUGC